GGCGUGGCUCAUAUUACAAUCUUUUUAGCUCUUAUAGCGAGCGGCAGCCAAGUUUGCUGGAAUCGGCAGCCAGUAGUGCGUCCUACGCGACCGAGAGACAUGGCCCAGUCGUCACCGCACGUUCAGUUCCCCGAGGAAGUGAAGGCCGAGGAGCGACCGAAGUUCAAGCAGCAGCCGACCCAGAAAUACGACAGGAAGGAGAUCCAGAAACGACUGGACAUAGAGACUUGGAUGGAGGAGCAGCUUGCCGAUCUAUUCCAGGAGGACAAUUAUCCUCAGUUGGAUAUUGACGAUGUUUUGAAGAUCAAUGAAUCAGACAGAAAAGAGAAGUUGACGGAGUACCUGCAAGAUUCGAAGAAACCUGCUGAAAGUUUUAUAACUGAGCUGCUGGAGAGGGCAAAGGGAGUGAAACCAGUAGACUCGUGACUCUCCUGCUUAUUGUGUUUUCUCUGUGGUGUGGUUUCAUUAUAAUAACAAACUAGAGUUUUUGCAGCGCGCCCCCAGUUUAAUCGCAUUACUGUGCGUGCGCACAAUAAUGGGUAGUAUAAUGGAAAAAGUGAUACACAGGGAUUAAUUUACUAAUUUAGUUAAUUGUUGAAGAAUUUAUGUAGAGCUUCUCAGCUUUCUCACUGUCAUCAUCAUUGGUAAUAGGUAGCCUCCUGGGCUUGCCCUGUCUACUUCGACGACCCAGCAGCAGAGCAAGAAUAAGAGCCACAGCUAGACCAGCAACUAUUAACACAGCUCCCGCACUAAUGCCUGCAACAGCACCAACACUGAGCCCACCACUUUCUCCUUCGCC